AUGUAUAGCCAUGGAAAGGAAAAGGGAAGCCGACAGACAGAGCCUCAUCCCUCUGGAAGCAAAUGUCUAGAAAAGCUAAUUUCAAUGGAUGAGUGUGCAAAACACAUUAUCGAUAGUGCAUUAACAAAGAUUCAGAAGCAGCUAUUGGACAAAAGCAAGCAAGGUGGAGCUCCUAAGCCAAGUAUUUCUUCAUUUGGCUUCAAUCGCCCUGAUACUAAUUUUGAGAGGGGAACGGGAACGGGAACGGGAACGGGAAGCUUAGGCCCAAAGUUCCCGAACCUUAGCCCUUCGAGACGAGGGGGGCGGCAGGAACCUCAACACCAACCUCAACACCAACCUCAGCACCAACCUCAACACCAAGAACCUAGAAAGGAAGAUUUUACAAGUAUCCUCUCGUCAACCAUCCAGAAGGUGAUGCGUGAAGCUGUUUCCAAUGCAGAAGACAAUUCCAGCAACACAAACAGGGGCCACCGACAGGCUCCUCCUUCUGAAAGCAGGCCCCAGAGGAUAAAGGCUGUUGCAAAACAAAAUGCGAAUCCAUGGGAGAUGUAUGGCAACAUGGACCCUAUGGAGAUGCUGGAUAUUGACCAAUUGGUGAAGUCUAUGACCAAGUUGUGUCUCUUAGAGACUGGGGGCAAUGGCUCCAACUUAGCCAGUGGCGACACAUCACAUAAGCAAUAUAGUGGUUCAUCCCAACAUUUGGGAGUGCCGAGGAGAGCUUCCCUGGUGAGAGCUAAUAUGAGGCAAAUGGGUCCGAAUGGGGUGAUCGUGACUAACCAGAAUGGCGAAAGCGAUUCACUGAACAAAGAGCUCCAGGCUGUCCUCCAGUGGAUGGUGGCUUCUCACUUCAAUGUGCCCAACCUGACAUUCUUAAACGACAGAGAAGGAGAGCUGGCUGAUCUUCCACGGCUGGCUCAGAAGGCAACCAAGAAGGGCUACAGCGUGGGAGAUAUCCUUCAGAGAGUAAUGAGGUACCUCGAAAGAGUGCAGAUGGAGGAAGCGAUGGGGAAAAGGCCUCAGUGUGGACUGAUCCGCUGGCUUCUUGCCAACUUAUAAGAGCCACCUCUUCCCUCUCAUAUUAAUUUGUCCCAGCAACAGGCACCCACAAUCACAC